AAACAAAAGUAAGCAAGAAAGACUUUUGAAUGUGAGCGGGAGCUACAGUAUGCCGAAAUAUGCCACAACAUGCAGUUAUAUUUUUAAUUUGUGCGUUGGGACUCAUUCAGAAAGGUCUAGCAGCUGUGAUAGAGAAUCAGCAGACUGUGAUGGCAGCAGUGGGAGAAGAGGCUCUUUUAACCUGUCAGCUGAUGCAACCUAAAGAUGUUCUUCAAGUCACAUGGCAGAAAAUUUUACCUGACAAGGAGCAGAAUAUUGCUACUUACACCAAAUACUUUGGUGAGAAAGUGAAUCCUGACUUUAGAGACAAAGUGGAGUUUAAAUAUGCUGGACUGCAGAACAGCUCCAUAGUUAUCAGGAGGGUGACGGAGGAAGAUAAAGGAUGCUAUCACUGUUUGUUUAACACCUACCCUGACGGAGCUCUCACUGGUUCAACCUGUCUCCAACUCUAUGAGCUGCAUGAACCCGUUCUACAUGUCAGAGAAUCAAACUCUCCUGAAGAGGCAGUUGUGUCCUGCUCGGCCACAGGUCGACCUGCUCCCACAGUAACACUGACUGUCCCUCACUACAACUCUACCAGUGUCACCAACACCAACGCUACAGUCACUGUCACCGCUACAGCCGUGCUGCCUCGUCUCCAUGGCAACAGCACACAGGUUGGAUGUGCAGUGCGAGUGCUCUCUGGUCCUCAGAUAGAGGUGUUUACCAUGAUUCCUGAGGUCACACUGUCGUCUGCUGAUGGUGUUGAUGAGGAAUCUGGGUCUGAUAACAGUGAUCACAAUGUCACUUUGAUCACUGUGUUGGUCGUGGUGUCCUGUGUUUGUGUUGCUGCUGCAGUCACCAUCAUCCUGCUUAUAAGGAAACAUCAUGACUGUGUGUCACACAGAGACUCUGAGGAGAACAAGACGCCACGAAGAACAACCAAAGACACUGAAGAGGACGUAACACUUGUAGCCAUGCAGGUCAGACGACGGACACCUCCUGAGAAAAAUCAGAAAAGGGACCAGCCAUCUUCAGCAAAUGUCCUCUAAUAUGUCAGACAGACUGUAGUGGCAGCACUCAGACUGUGAGACCUGAACAUACAGUGAGAAAGUGUGUUUUUACAUUUUUAUACCAUUUCAUGUUUAUAUGAUCUUUUUAAUAGCAUUUGAUAAUCAUUUUCACAUUGAGCCACAUAUCUCUGAAGUGACCUUUAUCAGCUCCAUUUCAUGGUCAGGAGAACAUCUUAAAUCAAACAAUGAGCUUAUCCAAUAAAGUGGGAUGUUUGCUGAUUUAUCAGGAGCUCAUGUUUAGCUUCAUGCUCCUCAUAGUCAAAUUUCAAUAAUGGUUUUUAUGUAUUUGUCUUUUUUACCCUCAAACUGCUGCUACUGUUAUCAUGUCUUCUGAUAGAGAUUUGUUCCCACCUGUGACUCGAUGUCAGCAGCAGAUUACAAAAAGAAGCUGCACCAAACAACCUCUCCUGCUGCUUUUUGUGUGUGUGUGUGUGUGUGUGUGUGUGUGUGUGUGUGUGUGUGAGUAUCAAGUAUACUGUAACAUCUGUAAUGUAAAAGUAUUGUUUUACAUGUUUUAACUGUUGCUCAGGUGCAUUUGUAAAACAAUACAGCUGUAUUUGUUUUAUCUUUGUUAAAUGUAUUUUAAGUAAAGUGUGUUUUUUUUUGUGAUUUUUGUCAUAUAUGGAUUUAUGGAUCAUCUGUGGUUACUUUAUUGUAUCACAGCUAACACACACAUGCAACAAUAUCAACAUGCAACAUCACCGUCAUUCUUAAAAGAAAAUAUUGGAACGGGUAAUUUUAGACUUUAACUCAACACCUGUCUUGUUGUAAAACCAGAAUUUCAGUUAAUAUAAUAAUGAUUAAGAUCUUUUCAGUCUGUCACACAGAGACUGAGGAGAACAAGAUGCACAUGACAAGCAUCAAAGACACUCAUAAGUAUGACGUGAUAUUUUAAUGUUAUGAGUGUUUUCACUUCUGUAUAAUGUUUUCAUUGUCCUGGAUUAUAUCCAGAGGAAGUUUCUCUCCUGACAUCAAGGGCGUAAGGUUUGUUUCAAUGUUGGAGGGGACAUAUGAAGCAGGGUUUGGGGUCCUCCAGCAGGAAAUUUGGGGCAUCAAACACUUAAUUUCCUGCAUUCUGGUGAAUUUCUAUGCACCAAUCUAUGGUGGAAAUGUAUCUAUUUAUUUAUUUUAGCAUUUUCAGCAUGUAUUGUUAAUAUGACACCCACAUCGACCAACUCAUCUGGAAGUUACCUGUGGAUGCCUGCGUGCAGCUUCUGUAUGAAGAAGAAGGAAGGCAGUUAAUAACAGGACUAACUGAAGAAAAGCACAGUAUUGCAUUGGGGAAUCUACUUAGAAAGACAACAAGGAAUAUCUGUAGCAAACCCAUUUUGUUUUUGUGCUUGCUGUCUCUCGUUUUGUCCACCAGAGGGCAGCUUGCGUUGUUUGCAGGUCAAUUUUGAAAAACAAAUAUCUGCUUUAGAUGCAUUUUUUGACAUGAUUUCUUCAAAAUAUAAAUUGCAU